AUGGACCGCGAAGCUGUAUCAGGUGGAUCGCAACAAGCUCCAGAAGGAGAAAAAAUAGGGGAAAGCUAUAUGUAUCCGCGGUGUUCGGAGUCGGAGUUUACAUGUGACAGCGGUCAAUGCAUAGACUCUCUCCAGAGAUGUGAUUUUAUUCCUCAUUGCUACGACUCUUCGGAUGAGGUUGAAUGUGUUCUGGAGCUAUCAUCGUCAGCAUUCCAAUGUUUUGAUGGGUCUUUGUUUCCAAGCAAAGUUAACUGUGAUGGAAUGGUCGAUUGCAUCGGCAAAACAAUAGAGGAUGAAGAUCGAUGUGGUUACCUCAAUCAUGAUUUUGCUUGUGACUAUGAGACUGAACUUACUUGUGAUAAUGGCGCAUGCGCACCACUGGCCUCCAUCUGUAUGUAUGAACUCGAUGAAGUUGGUUUCUUCAAUAGCUGCCGUGACGUCACAAAUUUGAAAGAAUGUGAGAAUCACACUUGUCCAUCUUGGACAAUGAAGUGUCCAGACUCUUACUGUAUUCCUCUAAGAUACCGAUGUGAUGGGAAGUUGGAUUGCCCAACAGGGUCUGAUGAACAAGAUUGUGCAACCUCUCCGUAA